GCAAUUCUUUCUACUUACGCACUCCAGUGGUCUUCGUACGACUUACGCAUGCAAGAAUAGCCACGCUUUUGGACGAAGAUGGCCACUCUCUCCGCAUCCUCUUCAUCCUCCUCCAAGGUUUUUGCUACCGCGGCGAAGCUGCUACCGGAUUCCAAGCCCCUUAGCGGCCCGGGCGAUUUCUUGAGCGCUAGCAAACAAGAGCAUCUACAGGAAGAGCAGCAGAACCUCUUUCCUGAAGAUGAAACGAAGCGGAAGCAAUUAGUUCCGGAAUCACCACCGAAAAAGGUGCGUAAGCUCGCUGCAAGCGAAGCGCAGAAGGGAGCAGUGAAAAAAUCCAAAAAGGCACAAAAAGCCAAGAAGUGCGACGAUUUGGACGUGGAGGAGUUCAUCGAGUAUGACAAGCUACCAGCUCUCGACAGUGUCGUGCUUGCGCCGGGUAUCAAGGUGGAAGCCACUGCCGUCAAAGUCGGCGAUAAGCUUUACUCGCAGUUUCCUGAUAGGAAGUCGUGGCGUCCUUUUAAGGUAAAGAUGGCCGACGAGCAACAGGAAAUCCACUGGAAGUACAAGAAAUCAAUCAAGGACCCCAUCAUGAGAUUGAAGCUGGCCGGCGACCCGGAGGUAGUGAAAAAGUCGACUAUUCGCGUAAAUCCGAUCAGCUGUCCGGAGCGCGGCGUCAGCUUUAGGUCUCGCGGGAGUCGCAUCUCCGAGAAGAGCUGGAUCGUGCAGCACAGAGAUAUCGAAGGCAGACGCCAUGACCGGGCCUUUAACUGCGGGAAACACGUUGACCUGCAGGACCCGGAGGGUGAGCGAGACGAAAAGGCCCGAGCGCGUUGUAUGGCCGUCGCUGUCGAGUGGCUGCGUGAGCAGAGAAGAAAGGUGGAAACGCAGCGCCAGGAGGAAGGGAAGCCGAAGAAAAAAGUCGUACGCUUGUGCUUCUUCUGCUACAUUUGGCAUACACACAAAGCAUGACCUGCUCCGGCUUCGGAUCCUGGACUUGAAGUCUUUGCAUUUCUUAUAGUGAUAGCUGGCUGCGAUAGACGUGUUAUUUUUAUUUUUUUUUUAUUGCGGGCUGUCGCUGUAACUGUAUUCAUGGGGGAUAUUGUAGGAAGUACUGGGCAACUUCUUGGUCUUGGAGGUGGGUACUAAAAAAAGUAAAACCAACGAAAGUUGCGAAUUUCUGUUUCCCCAAAACCAAUGCAGCAUGAGUCCGUUCGCGAGAGUGGAGUACGAGGGGUCAGUUGGUAUCGUGCGGCCAAGCAUCCGCACCUCGCUGGGUGGACGGCUUCAAUCUCCUCAAAGUCGUUCUGCGGAGGCGCAGGUGGAGCUAACACGGGUGGGCGAGUCGUGACGCGUAGGUUCAAACUGGACAAGCGUGAGUACGAAGGCGACCCGGCAGGGCUUGAGGAGGAGCUCGAGAACCUUCGUCAGAGGGCGGUAGCACAGCGCAAACUGUGGGAAAAAGAAGUGUUUGUCUUCCAGGAGACAAAGGAAGAAAAGCCAACGCAGACACUCACCGAGGACAUGCCGCAAGCAGGACGAGGCGAGAAUCAGGCAGGAGAUCAUGAUCGACAGGAGAAACUCCAGUACGCUCCCAGUGCCUUCCGCAACAAAAUGAAGGGCAACGAGAUGGACACUUUCAAACCGAUCGGGAAGAAGAGCUACGUCUUGGAGAAGUCUAAACUUGUCCAGCAAAAGCAGACCAGUAAGAAGCUGACACUCGUCGACGCGACAAAUUCGAUCGCCGGGGAUUUGGACAAGCAGAGGCUGCACCCGCGCAAGCCUAAGAACCGCGAAGCAAAAUCAACGUCCCUCGCCAGCAAGCAGUCUUUCGUCGUCAAGAAGGAAGGCGCGAAAUCAAAUAGCGUGAACAAGGACAACAAGAAGACACUGAGCACCUCGCCGACAUCUAAAAAGAGGCUGAAAAAUAAGAGGGGCAUUGAAAGUCCAAAGAUGCACACAUCUGCGUUGAAAGGACAGCCUGACAGCAUGAUUUUCUCGACCGCGGCUAACAAGUCAGUUUCGACUCGCUCUUUGUCUUUUCAAAUGUUCCUGAACACGCAUGAAUACGAGAACGACCCGAAGGGGCUGCAGGAGGCGCUGGGAGAGUUACGCCAGCAGCCGGCGAUCGCGCAGCGAAAUGCGUCGAAAGAGGGGGCGUUUUUCCGCCACGCGGCGCGUUCGGAGCAAAAGAAGCAGCAGGAAAAAGUCGAAGUUAGUAAGUAAAAUAAAGCUAUCAUGAAUGAUUGUAAAUCUAAAUGUAGACCAAGCAGCAUAUCCUUCAGUAGUACAUUCAGAAAAUCAAGACUCAUCGUCAUUCGUUUCUCCCUUUGAUGUGCCGUGUCUCUUAGGACCAUGAACUGCAUCGAAUGAAUUUUCGCACUUGAAAAAGAGCAGACACAUAGAAAAAGCAUAGCCUUGCACCGUUCGAGCAGGUAUGCACCUCAAACCAUGGUUGAUAAUGUAUGAUGCUGAUCAUCUUUCCUUGAGUAACAGUCCAACCUUCGCCUUUCCUCUGCUGAGGGAUUCAAAUGAAAAGUCAAACAAUGGAAGCAGGCGCGUGCUGUUCU